UCUAGCCUGACCUAAUGGAGGGAAUAUUGUCUGCGACUGAUGAGCAGAGAAUGGUCUCCUCCUUUCUCGAGAUCGCCGUUGGUCAAACUGCCGAAACCGCCACGCAGUUUUUGCAAGCAACAAGUUGGAAGCUGGAUGAAGCUAUUCAGCUGUUUUAUGUGGGUAAUGAAGGUGGUGUGGUUAGAUCGUCUUCAGUGUCUCGACAAGCGGAAAAUAUGGAUUCUUGGGCCUAUCAAAAUUCUGGUGCGUUGAACGAACAUGAUAAUGUUGGAUCCACUGGUGGAGAUGCAGUACGCCCUCCUUUACCUGUAGUAAGGGAGACACUUCAUGAUGAUGCAAUGCUACAUGGUGCAUCAAGGUUGGGAUAUCCUCCCCAAGAAUUCCGUAAUUUUGAUGAGGAAACGAUACGCCCAGGGGUUUGGCAAUCAGAUGAAGGUGCUUCUUCCACAGUAGAUGCUCCUCGAGAUAAUCUUGCCUCUUUAUAUCGUCCUCCUUUCCAUUUGAUGUUUCAAGGACCAUUUAGAAACGCAAAAGCUGCUGCAUCUCUUGAGGACAAGUGGCUCGUUGUGAACUUGCAAUCUACGAAGGAGUUCAGCUCUCAUAUGCUUAAUCGAGAUACCUGGGGAAAUGAAACAGUUUCUCAAACCAUUAAAACCAACUUCAUUUUCUGGCAGGCGUAUGAUGAUGCAAGUGAGGGCAGGAAAGUUUGCACCUAUUACAAACUAGAUUCGAUUCCUGUAGUGCUCGUUAUUGACCCAAUCACCGGAGAGAAAAUGCGCUCCCGGUGUGGAAUGGUUGAACCUGAGAGUUUGCUGGAGGACCUGCUUCGAUUCAUGGAUGGUGGCCCAAGGGAUUAUCAUGCAACUCUGUCUCUUAAACGUCCAAGAGGAAGCACAGUUACUCCACAACAAAAAGUUAAAAUGUCAACAGAUGAAACCAUGGAAGAUGAGGAAAUGUUAAGAGCAGUAGCAGCUUCUUUGGAGAACGUGAAAGACAAGGAGGAACCAUGCUCAACUAAGAAGCCUACAUAUCCACCUCUGCCUGAAGAACCUAAGGGUGAUAGGAGCCUCCUAUGUAGGGUUGGAGUCCGUCUUCCUGGUGGACGUAGGGUGCAGAGAAAUUUUCUCCGUACUGAUUCAAUACAGCUACUGUGGUCAUUCUGCUAUGCUCAACUUGGUGAAGCUGAAUCAAAGCCAUUCCGCUUGACCCAGCCGAUACCAGGAGCUUCAAAAUCUCUGGAUUAUGAUAGUAAAUUAACUUUUGAGGAGUCGGGGCUCGCCAAUUCCAUGAUCUCGGUUGCAUGGGAAUGAAUAUUGCGAAGCCGACACUAUAUAUAUCCCUGUUUGUUGAUUUGUGUUGCUCUUCAAGGAGUUUAAUUAUGAUGAUUGGGGGUUAAGGAACCAUUAACGUUAUUAUGUACAUACUAUUGCAGUUUGUUUGUUUAUUUAAAUCAGUACUCUUAUGUCUUCAAUACUAACGCGCGUAGUUUAUUUAUUUAU